GCGAUGGCGUCUGCUGAUCUGAGACAGGAGCUGCACUGUUCUAUCUGCCUGAGCAUUUACACAGAUCCUGUAACCCUGAGAUGUGGCCACAACUUCUGCCGGGUCUGUAUUGAUCAUGUGCUGGAUACACAGGAGGCGUCUGGAGUUUAUAUCUGUCCUGACUGCAGAGCAGAGUGUCAGGAGCGUCCUGUACUGCAGAGGAACAUAACGCUGUGUAACAUAGUGGGGAGGUUCCUGUCUACUCGCCCAGAUCAGGAGGAGACUGGGAUCUUCUGCACUUACUGUGUGGACUCUCCUGUACCUGCUGCUAAAUCCUGUCUGCUGUGUGAGGCUUCUCUGUGUGAUAAACACCUGAGAGAACACAGCAAGUCAGCAGAACACGUCUUAUGUGAUCCCACCACUGCCCUGGGGAACAGGAAAUGCUCCGUCCAUAAGAAGAUCCUGGAGUAUUAUUGCACUGAGGACGCUGCCUGUAUCUGUGUGUCCUGCAGGCUGGAUGGAGAACACCGGGGACACCUGGUGGAGAUGUUGGAUGAGGCCUCUGAGAAGAAGAAGGAAAAGCUGAGAAAUGUUCUGCAGAAACUGACCACAAAGAGAGCGGAGACUAAGAAAAGAGUCCAGAGUCUGCAGGAGUGCAGGAGAGAAGAUCAGGGAAAAGCAGCGGGUGUAACAGAGACAGUCACUGCCCUGUUUAGAGACAUCAGGAGACAGCUGGAAGACCUGGAGAAGAGAGUCCUGAGUGAGAUCUCCAGGCAGGAACAGCGCGUUUCACUCUCAGUCUCUGAUCUGAUCCAGCAGCUGGAAAUAAAGAAGGACGAGCUGUCCAGGAAGAUACGUCACAUUGAGGAGCUGUGUAACAUGUCUGACCCAGUGACUGUCUUACAGGAACCAGACACAGGUGACUUGUGUGAUACUGAGGACACAGAGAGACAUGAUAACCAGGUCCAUGGUGCAGGAGAUCUGGAUGUGGGUCUCAUCUCAGGGACAUUACACACAUUAUCUGGUAUAAUAACAGGUAUAAAUACAGGGAUCUAUGUGCAGGAGGCUACAGACAUAUUACUGGAUGUAACCACAGCUGGUGAUUAUAUACAGAUAUCAGGUGACAGGAAAACUGCAUCCUGGUCAGCAAACCAGCAUCACCCAGUAACACCAGAGAGAUUUCAGUGGUAUCAGGUAAUAAGCAUCAGGAGAUUCUCCUCAGGGCGACAUUACUGGGAGGUGGAUGUCAGUAAGUCAGAGGUGUGGAUGGUGGGGAUGUGUUAUCCCAGUAUAGACAGGAGAGGACAGCAGUCAUACAUUGGAUAUAAUAACAAGUCCUGGUGUUUGGAAAGGUGUAAUAAUCAGUACUUAGUGUUACAUGACAGUAAGUGGAUCUCCUUACCCAAAAAUACCCCCUGUGACAGAGUGAGGGUCUAUCUGGAUUAUGAGGCAGGACAGAUGUCCUUUUAUUCUCUGUGUGACCCCAUCAGACACUUACACACCUACACUGCCGCCCUCACUGAGCCCCUCCAUGCUGCAUUACUUGUAUGGGAUGGAUGUAUAACUAUAUGUGGGGGAGUCAGGAGCCGGGAGAAAUUACCAUAAGAAAUCUACCCAGAUACUGGUGACAUCACAGGGAGAGAAAUCUGACUGGUGAAAGAUUCUGAGUGGGUGGAGCUACAGGUACAUCUGAGCUCCUGUGUAACAAGAUGACCAGUGUGUCUUCGGGAUAGCCAUCGUGUGUUCAUCAUCGAUGGUUGCCAUUGAUGGUGAAACUCUGAGUGGCCAUUGAUGGCCAUCAACUAUGCUAUGGGAGACCAUCGAUGGUUUCACUCAUCGAUGGUCAUUCAUGUUAUUUCAGUGAAUGAUCCACGGGCCAAUCACAGCCUAGGGCAGGGCUUCACGGGUGUUGGGGGCGGAGCUAUGCUCCGAGUCCUGGCAUUUGUUUACGCUAUGACAUUGAUGGAGGGAAACUAUCUGGUUCUCUCCCAUCGAUUGGCAAAAGCAUUCGACAUCGGCCAUAAACUAUCGAUGAUUAGGAAUCAUCGGUGGUCGAUGGCCAUACCUAGUGUGUCUGAAAUGUGUUCCCAUGUUGGUAGGGAUGGCAUCAGUGGGUUUCCUAUUGUACGCUCCCAGGUGCAGUACAGCUACAUGUCUAUUGUACACUACCAGGUGCAGUACAGCUUGUACACAUGUCUAUUGUAUACUCCAAGGUGCAGUACAGCUUGUACACAUGUCUAUUGUACACCCCCAGGUGCAGUACAGCUUGUACACACGUCUAUUGUACGCUCCCAGGUGCAGUACAGCUUAUACACAUGUCUAUUGUACGCUCCCAGGUGCAGUACAGCUUGUACACAUGUCUAUUGUACGCUCCCAGGUGCAGUACAGCUUGUACACAUGUCUAUUGUACACUCCCGGGUGCAGUACAGCUUGUACACAUGUCUAUUGUACGCUCCCAGGUGCAGUACAGCUUGUACACAUGUCUAUUGUACGCUCCCAGGUGCAGUACAGCUUGUACACAUGUCUAUUGUAUGCUCCCAGGUGCAGUACAGCUUGUACACAUGUCUAUUGUACACUACCAGGUGCUGUACAGCUUGUACACAUGUCUAUUGUACACUCCCGGGUGCAGUACAGCUGUACACAUGUCUAUUGUACACUACCAGGUGCUGUACAGCUUGUACACAUGUCUAUUGUACACUCACAGGUGCAGUACAGCUGUACACAUGUCUAUUGUACGCUACCAGGUGCUGUACAGCUUGUACACAUGUCUAUUGUACACUAACAGGUGCAGUACAGCUUGUACACAUGUCUAUUGUAUACUCCCAGGUGCAGUACAACUUGUAGACAUGUCUAUUGUACACUCCCAGGUGCAGUACAACUUGUAGACAUGUCUAUUGUACACUCCCAGGUGCAGUACAGCUACAUGUCUAUUGUACACUCCCAGGUGCAGUACAGCUACAUGUCUAUUGUACACUACCAGGUGCAGUACAGCUACAUGUCUAUUGUACACUCCCAGGUGCAGUACAGCUACAUGUCUAUUGGCCCUCAUUCCGAGUUGAUCGGUCGCAAGGCGAAUUUAGCAGAGUUACACACGCUAAGCCGCCGCCUACUGGGAGUGAAUCUUAGCUUCUUAAAAUUGCGACCGAUGUAUUCGCAAUAUUGCGAUUACUAACUACUUAGCAGUUUCAGAGUAGCUCCAGACUUACUCUGCCUGUGCGAUCAGUUCAGUGCUUGUCGUUCCUGGUUGACGUCACAAACACACCCAGCAUUCGCCCAGGCACUCCCACCGUUUCUCCGGCCACUCCUGCGUUUUUUCCGGAAACGGUAGCGUUUUCAGCCACACGCCCCUGAAACGCCGUGUUUCCGCCCAGUAACACCCAUUUCCUGUCAAUCACAUUACGAUCGCCGGAGCGAAGAAAAAGCCGUGAGUAAAAAUACUUUCUUCAUAGUAAAGUUACUUGGCGCAGUCGCAGUGCGAACUUUGCGCAUGCGUACUAAGCAGAUUUUCACUGCGAUGCGAUGAAAAAGAACGAGCGAACAACUCGGAAUGAGGGCCCUUGUACACUACCAGGUGCAGUACAGCUUGUACACACAUCUAUUGUAUACUCCCAGGUGCAAUACAGCUUGUACACAUGUCUAUUGUAUACUCCCAGGUGCAAUACAGCUUGUACACAUGUCUAUUGUAUACUCCCAGGUGCAGUACAGCUACAUGUCUAUUGUACACUCCCAGGUGCAGUAUAGCUUGUUCACAUGUCUAUUGUACACUCCCAAGUGCAGUACAGCUUGUAUACACGUCUAUUGUAUACUCCCAGGUGCAGUACAGCUUGUACACACGUGCAUUGUAUACUCCCAGGUGCAGUACAGCUUGUACACAUGUCUAUUGUAUACUCCCAGGUGCAGUACAGCUACAUGUCUAUUGUAUACUCCCAGGUGCAGUACAGCUUGUACACAUGUCUAUUGUAUACUCCCAGGUGCAGUACAGCUACAUGUCUAUUGUACACUCCCAGGUGCAGUACAGCUACAUGUCUAUUGUACACUACCAGGUGCAGUACAGCUUGUACACACAUCUAUUGUAUACUCCCAGGUGCAAUACAGCUUGUACACAUGUCUAUUGUAUACUCCCAGGUGCAAUACAGCUUGUACACAUGUCUAUUGUAUACUCCCAGGUGCAGUACAGCUACAUGUCUAUUGUACACUCCCAGGUGCAGUAUAGCUUGUUCACAUGUCUAUUGUACACUCCCAAGUGCAGUACAGCUUGUAUACACGUCUAUUGUAUACUCCCAGGUGCAGUACAGCUUGUACACACGUGCAUUGUAUACUCCCAGGUGCAGUACAGCUUGUACACAUGUCUAUUGUAUACUCCCAGGUGCAGUACAGCUACAUGUCUAUUGUAUACUCCCAGGUGCAGUACAGCUUGUACACAUGUCUAUUGUAUACUCCCAGGUGCAGUACAGCUACAUGUCUAUUGUACACUCCCAAGUGCAGUACAGCUUGUAUACACGUCUAUUGUAUACUCCCAGGUGCAGUACAGCUUGUACACACGUGCAUUGUAUACUCCCAGGUGCAGUACAGCUACAUGUCUAUUGUAUACUCCCAGGUGCAGUACAGCUUGUACACAUGUCUAUUGUAUACUACCAGGUGCAGUACAGCUUGUACACAUGUCUAUUGUACACUCCCAGGUGCAGUACAGCUGUACACAUGUCUAUUGUACACUCACAGGUGUAGUACAGCUGUACACAUGUCUAUUGUAUACUCCCAGGUGCAGUACAGCUUGUACACACAGAGCCGGCCUUAGGCAUAGGCAAACUAGGCAAUUGCCUAGGGCAUCUGGUAUGCCUAGGGGCACAAGCAGCUUCUGCUGAUUAAAAUGAUAUGCGGCAUGCCUAUAUUCUGUGUGUAGCAUUUUGUAUGCAAAUACAGUCACAGUCGCACAGUAUAUAGGCAUGCCACAUAUCAUUUGAAUCAACGGAAGCUGCUUGUGCAUCCUUGCCACAUAGCAAUGCAAAUAUGCAUUUUCAUAAAAAACAGGCACCCGACGUUAGCAAAGCUGCCAGAUGAUUCACGCCAGGAACUAUAUGUGUCAUUAUGUGUAUAAGGGCAGUAAUAAUGUGUAACAUAUGUGUAAGGGGCACUAUGUGUGUCAUUAUGUGUAUAAGGGCACUAAUAAUGUGCGGCAUAUGUGUAAGGGAUAUUAUGUGUAUCAUUAUGUGUAUAAAUGCAUUACCAAUGUGUGGCAUUAUGUGUAUAAGGUGCUCUACUGUGUGGCGUAACGUAUAGAAAGGGCACUACUGUGUGGUCUAAUGUGAAUAAAGAGCAAUAUAGAGUGGUGUAAUAUGUAUAAUGAGAAUAAAGAGCAAUAUGGUGUGGUGUAAUGUGAAUAAGGAGCAAUUCAGUAUAAUGUUAUGUGAAUGAGGGGCACUACUGUGAGGAGUAACGUAUAUAAGGUAAAGUGGUACUACUGUGUGAUGUAAUGUGAAUAAGGGACACUAUCGUAUGAUAAAUUGUGAAUAAAGUUGCACUACUGUGAGGCAUAAGUUGAAUUGGGGGUACUAUUGUGUGGCCAUGCCCCUUGCCAGCAAAAACACAUACCUUUUUGGCCUUGUGCUGAGAAAGGGGUGCAUGGUCUGAGAAGCGGAACUAGCGGUGGUGCUAGGGGCACCAGCCAAAAUCUUGCCUAGGGCAUCAUAUUGGUUAGGGCCGGCUCUGUGUACACAUGUCAAUUGUACACUCCCAGGUGCAGUACAGCUUGUACACAUGUCUAUUGUAUACUCCCAGGAGCAGCUGUACACAUGUCAGAAUGAAGAUAUGUAUACACAAUACUGUCUUUUUUUCAUUUACAAGCUCAUUCCUAUAUAAAGAUAUCAGUAAUAAAUCAGUGAUGGAUCCGUUGUACAAUAAAUGAUUUAGAAGUCACUAUUAUUUAUCCU